UUCAUAGAAGCAGACGCGCAGUGGAGGCUAGUAUGGUCCCUUAACGAGAAUUUCGUGCCAUUGCCGUUCAUUCAGCGGCCCGUCUGUUUCACUCCAAAUAACGGAACAAUUCAUCAGGUCACAUAAAAGUCUAUCAGGAGAUUGGAGGUCGGAUUAACGCGCAUCGCGUGACCUUGCACUGAAUGUAAAAAUAGUGGGAUUUUCUUUUAAAGCACCGACACGGUUAACUACCCCAGCCAUGGAGAUCAUCACACAUUUAAUCAACGACACCAUAGAGUUCUACAAAUGGACCCUCACUAUUGCAGACAAGCGUGUGGAGAAAUGGCCCCUGAUGGACAACCCCCUACCCACGCUCGCCAUCAGCACCUCCUACCUCCUCUUUCUCUGGCUUGGGCCCAAAUACAUGAAGAACAGAGAGCCCUUCCAGCUCCGCAAAACCCUUAUUGUCUACAACUUCAGCAUGGUCUUCCUCAACUUCUUCAUCUUUAAAGAGCUGUUUAUGGCAACGCGAGCAGCCAGAUACAGUUACAUUUGUCAAUCGGUGGAUUAUUCAGAUGAUCCCAAUGAAGUCAGGGUGGCAGGAGCUCUGUGGUGGUAUUUCAUCUCCAAGGGCAUUGAGUAUCUGGACACUGUGUUUUUCAUCUUGAGGAAAAAAUUUAACCAGGUCACCUUCCUUCACGUCUACCAUCAUUGCUCCAUGUUCACGCUCUGGUGGAUUGGCAUCAAGUGGGUGGCAGGAGGACAGUCAUUCUUUGGUGCACAUAUGAAUGCGAUGAUCCAUGUCCUGAUGUACCUGUAUUACGGUCUUGCCUCCUGUGGACCUAAGAUCCAAAAGUACCUGUGGUGGAAGAAGUAUCUGACAAUUAUCCAGAUGGUUCAGUUCCAUGUCACCAUCGGUCACACGGCCUUGUCUCUCUAUGUCAACUGCGAUUUCCCCCACUGGAUGCACUACUCCCUCAUCUGCUACGCCAUCACCUUCAUCGUCCUGUUUGGCAACUUCUACUAUCAAACCUACCGCCGCCAGCAACCCGCACGUCGCGACGUGUCCUCUUCCUCUAAAGCCGGCAAGGCUGUUUCUAAUGGCACCCUCAACGGCCUCAGCAAAGCUGCCAACGGAGCAAUGCUGAUGGGGAGCAAAGAGGAGAAACCCCAGGAGAACUCUGGGAGGAGAAAGAGGAAAGGACGAGCUAAAAGAGAUUAAAGGAGGGUGAGUCAAAGAGGUUCAGGUGAGGUAGGGCCUUGCUUGGUUUCUAGGCUGAUCGUGCUAAAACAUGAAAGACUUACUUUGAGGAAGAUUUAGAUAAGUGGAUGAUCAGGUGGGAUGAGUUUAUUUAAGCCAUGAUCUGAGUUGUAUAUAAAAUACGAGGCAGGCAUUUUUUGUUAAGAGAGGACCAUUCUGUUACUAAAAGGUGAUCGCUGGUCAUACACCGGAUGACCAUUAUCACAACACCAAAUACAACAGUUUCUGGUGUCAGACAGAGCUUUGUAUUCCUUCUCUUUAUUGUGGCGCUGAGUAGACCUGCUUCCAUGAGUGACUUUUAGCUAGUUAAAAUCGAAGCCUGAAAAGUGAGAAAGUUGCAUUUAAUGCAUCUGAGCUGGUAAAAAGCAAUUAGAAACUGCUAUACUGAGACAGGAAUACACAUGAUAACAGAAAUGUCUAUUUAUAUUUGAGUGUAUUCUUAUUUUUUGUUGCUUACCUGUACAGAUACAAAGCUGACGAUAACGUACACUAUCGUGUCAGUUUUGUCCUCAUAUUAUUUACACGUUGUUGACGUUGCACAGGUGAGACUUUGAGUUUACAGCACCUGUGUGCUGCAAACUGACACUCCUACAGGUAGCCACUUAGUUGUGCAGAUGAAACUGUCUUAUUUACACUAAUUUAUUUAUGGGAUAUAAAUGCUCACUUUUGAGCUGUCAUCCAUUAACGCACAAGUAUACAUAUAUAUACAUAUAUAUAUGUAUAUAUAUAUAUGUAUAUAUAUAUAUGUAUAUAUAUGUAAAGGAGAAGAAGAAAUCCAUAUGCAGAGAUACAUAGGGGUACAUAGAAAUAGGAGUAAAUGAAUUGUCAACCCUGAUUGGAUGAUGCUGUUCCACUGCUGCUUUUAAGAUGAAAAGAUUAGCUUCAGCUCACAUGGGGGUGACAAAUUAUUAUUUCUAUUUACAACCAUAACCAAUUUUGCAUAUCCUUACCUGUAUGUAAUGUGAUGAAAUGUAAUAAAUGUUAUUCAGAUAAAUGAUGAAUCUGAUGACUAUCUCAGUGUUCCCCCACCACCACCCCACCCCCGUCAGCGAAGCUGGCUGCGUUGUGUCUUUGCUGAUGUUUACUUGUCUUUUUAUAUUCUGUCCUCUCAGAAGUUGUCGUUCGUCUUAGACCCUGGUGAAGAUGUAAUGUGCUGACGACAUGGUGGCAUUCUGGCUUCCCUUUUGUACUUGUAGAGAAUUCAGAGCUAGCUUACAGCUGCUACCUUUUUUUAAAGAAACAAAACAUCACGUUAACUAAACCUGCCUUCAGCGCUGUUUUCUUUGAGAAAAACUCCUUUACGUAUUCAGUCAACUUUUCAGAUUGAAUUCAUGCCUGGAGCAGGCUUGAAUGUAAAUUUAUCAGAAACAAGAUUUGGAUUAGAAAAGAUAAAAGAUAAUGAUUUCUACAUAAAAAGACUUUGUGUGCAUCUAUUAGAACUAUGUAUGCAUUACCACUGUCUGUAGUAUAUGGAGCAUAAAUGAUCAGCCUGAUAUAUAUGAACAACUCCUGGCUUAUUUCAUCUUUCAGCUAAUGUGUUUCAAUGUCAUUUUAUUUAUUGGUUAUUUAUUGUUAUGUAAAUACUGUUUUCCACCUUGCUAAGAGUAAUUGUCUAUGUAUUUGUCUUCUUUUUGUGUUGUACAUAUUAUAUUGUGAUAUUUUGGACACUGCUCAUUUGGGAAUGUUCCUGCCUUUUCUGCUUGGGCGUUUUAUAAGUCAACAUUGCUUCCUUUUUUCUUUUUAAUAUCUUAUCUUUGAACUCUCUUCAGAUUAAACUAAACUGAAUGCCUGUACAAAUGCUGACUUGGUUUAAUUGUCUCCU